ACAGAAACAUUUAACGUUACGGUGUAGUUCCGCGUUUGAAGCUAGCAACACAGCUACACGCUGUGCAGACUCAGUGAAGGAGAAGUUUAACCGCUAAUAACAUGCUAAAAACGCGAUAUUUUAACUAAUGGCGGCGUAAAGACUUUAAAGGGAAGAUAAAACAACCGUUAAAAGAAGCCGUGAAGACGACAGCAAUGAGCAGCAGCCCUCCGUCGGUGCAGAUGGACGAGGUGAGGAGGAAAGCCCAGUCCCUCCUCUCCACCUCAGGUGUGGCCCAGAACGUGAAGACCGAGGUCCAGACCAUGGCUGGCAUCGCCUUGCCUCUGUCGGAGAAGUACCGCCACCUGGCAGCAGAGGCGAUGCUGAGGGAGAACACGGCGAGCCGCAACAAGCAGGAGGUCCUGGAGUCUUUGAGCAGACUGGUCAAGGCCUUGAGUAUCCUGGAGAAGUACGGCUGUAACCUGACCUGCCCCGCCAGGCCCAGGUAUUGGAGGAGCGUCAAGCACAACAACCCCGUCUUCAGAACCACGGUGGACGCCAUCAAGGGAGGGCGCACAGUCCUCUAUCUCUACGGUUACACCAAUCAGCAGAUAGACGGCCUCAGCUUCCCGGAUGACGUCAGCGAACCGGACACUGAAAAAGUUGCGGCGGUGACGCUGGAGGUCAUGACCUUACGCACCGAGGUGGACAUGAUCGUGAAGGGAACCCAUCCUCACCUAGAAAACUUCAAAGAUAUCAUCCCAUUUAUCACGCCGCAGGAGCCGGUGGCGAGCGACUCUGUGGUGAUUCUGCCCGUAGAGGAGCAGCACGGAGACAAACCCCAGGUCCUGUCUCCUUCACCUAAACCUGCUCCGAGCCUCGUCGGAGAGCCGCUGAAACCGACGACAGUUUCUCCUACAGUGAGUGAGUGUAACCUGUGUGGCAGCUCUUCCUCUCUGGUUUGCCCGUCAUGUGACAAUCGACCUUUCUGCGACGCAUGUGACGACCUCUUCCACCGCCACCCCUCCAGAGCCAAUCACAAGAGAGACAAAUUACAGACGACCAAACAAGAGAGCUGCAGUAUCUGCGGUAUUUCUGCCGUCCACGCCCGCUGCUCCACCUGCGUCCAGAAAUUGUGUCUGAACUGCGACAAGCUCUUCCACUCUCACCCCGACCGCAAAGGACAUAACAGGACGAUUGUAACGCCAGCCAAAACAUCCAGUCCGUCUCUGUCGCCUUGGGAGUGCGCUCACUGCACCACGGUGAACGAGAUGCGAGCUGUCCUCUGCUCCACCUGCGAGCGUCCUCGACUCGCCACGGCCGCCUCCUCUGUUCAGGAAGGCCCAGUGUCGGUUCCUUCAUCGCCGAACACAGAGUGGCAGUGUAAGAGCUGCACAGUUGUGAACCAAGGCAGCAGCAUCCUCUGCGAAGUGUGUGAGCGCCCUCGUCUGGCCACUCGCCCGCCCGUCGCCCCAGCGUUGUCCAGCCCGGGAUCGCUGUCCGACGCCGGGACAAAGUGGACCUGUCAGUUCUGCACCUUCGUGAACACCAAGCCCACGCUGGUGUGCGAGAUGUGCAACCUGUCGUGUAAAGACUCCCCGGGCGAUUCCCUGCCCCAGUCUCUUCAGCAGACUCUGUCCGUCACCAAGGACCAGCCUCAGCUGAGCGCGAGGCCCCAGCCGAAGCCCAGAGCCAACCUGGAGCUGAAGAGACAGAAGACGAUGAAGGAGGACGGGCUCAGCCUCAUCCACCAGAUCAGGGAGGCAGAAAAGCGAGGCGUCAGCCCCGAGGAGGUGUUCGCCGCCCUCUGCAUGUGCGGCGGCAGCAGCGUCAACCCCUGCGACUGGCUGACAUCAGAGCUUCCUCACCUGCUGGACGAGAUCUGCGCCAUGGCGGCGUCCGUCCAGCUGAACUACAGAGCCGGGGGGGAUUCUGGGAUACACGCUGAGGUGGAGAGGGAUGGAGAGGAGUCGGAGGAGGGCGGUGGCGGCGGUGGCGGUGGUGAAGACAUGAAGCUGUCCCGGGCCGAGGCCAAGCUGGCGUGGUUAGCGGCGGGGGGAGACACAGAGAGAGCCGUGACGCAGCUGCUCAGAGACCGACAGGUUAAGAUGAGGGAGCUCCACUCUCUGGGGUUCAGGGACGUGGCCCAGUGUGAGGAGGCCCUGCGGCUGAGCGGGGGCGAGGUUAAGGGGGCCCUGUCUUUCCUCCAGCGUCCUCUCCUGGAGUCUUUCCACCAGCGCAUCUGGGCCGAGCAGCCCGAGCCGCCGAUUGAUCCCAAGCACCCGGACAAACAGAGGAUGUGCAGGCGUCUGCUGGCGUUGUACGACCUGCCCAGCUGGGGGCGCUGCGAGCUGGUGCUGUCGCUGCUCCAGGAGCCCGGCGUCACCUACUCCCUGGAGGACGUGGUGCAAGCUGUGAAGGAGUCGCACGACAAAGACUUCAUCAGGCGCCUCCUCAACAACGAGUGCCCCUGCUGUCUGUGCAUCUUCCCCCGCAGCAAGAUGCAGUCCCUGACUUCCUGCCAGUGCUCGGUUUGCCACGAGUGUUUCGGGCAGCACUUCACCAUCGCCGUGAGAGACAAACACAUCCGAGACAUGGUGUGUCCCGUCUGCAGCGAGCCCGACAUCAACGACCCAGAGCAGCUGGACAGUUACUUCUCCACACUGGACAUACAGCUGCGUGACUGCCUGGAGCCUGACGUGUACGAGCUGUUCCAUAAAAAACUGACCGAGCACGCUCUCAUGAAAGACCCAAAGUUCCUGUGGUGCUGUCAUUGCACCUCUGGGUUCAUCAACGAUGGAGACCAGCUGAAGGUCACCUGCCCGUCUUGUCGGAAGAGUUUCUGUGCUCAGUGCAAAAAACCUUGGGAGCCCCAGCACCAGGAUCUGUCCUGUGAGCAGUUCCAGCAGUGGAAGAGGGAGAAUGACCCGGAGUACCAGAGGCAGGGCCUGGCGGGUUACCUGAGAGACAACGGCAUUACUUGUCCUCACUGUCGGUUCCAGUAUGCCCUUACGAAAGGUGGCUGCAUGCACUUCAGCUGCUCCCAGUGCAGGUACCAGUUCUGCAGUGGCUGCAACAACCCUUACCACAAGACGGGAUGUAAGACACCCCAGUGCAAUUAUCCUGGUCUACAUGCCCAUCACCCCCGUGACUGUCUCUUCUAUCUACGAGACUGGGAGCCACCCAGACUCCAGGCCUUGCUGCAGAGGAGCGGUGUGGACUUCAACACAGAUCCUUCUAAUGGAGCUCAAACUGACGCCUGUGGUGUGAUGGAGCAGAAAGACGAAGGAGGUCAGCAGAUCGAUUCACCGUGCGGCAUUCAAACACAACCAGGACAGGCUGGACUCUGCGAGAAGCACUACAGAGAGUACCUGGUCAGUUUGAUCAACGCUCACUCUCUGGACCCUGCUCUGCUCUACGAGCCCAACGAGCUGAUUCGAGCCUGUGAGAGAUACCAGGUGGACACACAGAGAGGAGAGAACGAGGAGGAGAACACCUACCACGCCCGACUGCUGAAGAAACUCAUGGAGGUGCCUCUCGGAGAAAAGGUUCCCCGCAACAAGUAAACACAACCCCUCCAGCCUCAUGAGUCAGUCGAGUCUCCAGCAGACAAUGACGACACCUCUGACUCAGUAUAAACGCUGAUUUACUGCCAAACCACACAAGAAUAAAAUGACUGUUUCCUUGCCUCUGUGAAGCAGCUGUGUGCGAUUUGCACCAACGAAUCCGUUUACAAACAGACUUGUCUGUUUGUUCUCUGCGGCUCGUACAGUUGGAAAUCAACACUUUGUUAUUUCUCUAUGGAUCAUAAAUGAUUAAGAAACUGAUUGUGAAGAGGAGGAACUUUCCAAACAGCUCGACACAGACAGUCAUGUAUGAUCAAAUGUUGGAUUUUAAAAUCAAUGUAGUGACACAGGAUCAAGUUAAAACAUAUUAUUCACUCUAUCAAAGUGUUCAGAUUUUCUUUAUAUAUGACACAUGGAUGAAUAAAAGUCACUUAAAAUGUG